AUGUUAUUUUUUUCAUUUUUCAAAACUCUGGUUGAUCAGGAAGUGGUAGUAGAACUUAAAAAUGAUAUUGAACUGAAAGGAACUUUGAAAUCUGUGGAUCAAUUUCUCAACUUGAAACUGGACAAUAUUUCAUGCACAGAUCAGACUAAAUACCCACAUUUAGGUUCAGUACGCAAUAUUUUCAUUAGAGGUUCUACGGUACGUUACGUUUAUUUGAACAAAAACAUGGUUGAUAUCAAUCUUCUACAAGAUGCCGCUAGGAGGGAAGCAAUGACUGAGAAAAAAUAA